AUGGCUACCGAGCUCACAGUCCAGUCGGAGCGCGCUUUCCAGAAGCAGCCUCACAUCUUCCACAACCACAAGGUCGGCGGUCCCCGCAAGAACACCCGCACCAGAAGAUGGUAUAAGGACGUUGGACUUGGCUUCCGUACGCCCAAGACCGCCAUUGAUGGAUCCUACAUCGACAAGAAGUGCCCCUUCACUGGGUUGGUCUCCAUCCGUGGACGUAUUUUGACCGGAACCGUUGUGUCCACCAAGAUGCACCGUACUCUCAUCAUCCGCCGUGAAUACCUCCACUUCGUCCGCAAGUACUCCCGUUACGAGAAGCGUCACAAGAACCUCGCCGCUCACGUUAGCCCUGCUUUCCGUGUCGAGCCCGGUGACCAGGUCGUCGUUGGCCAGUGCAGGCCCCUCAGCAAGACCGUCCGCUUCAACGUCCUCCGCGUCCUUCCCCGAACUGGCAAGGCCGUUAAGUCGUUCACCAAGUUCUAGAUGUCAGGGAUGAAAAGCGUUUGAGGACAGGACAGGAAGAGGCGCAGGUACGGAUCACGUCAGGAAUAAGAAAAAGAUGGUCACAUUCUGCAUGUGGGUUCAGGAAAUCGGAGUCCCAAGGGCCAUGUAUGUUUCUGCAGUCUAUGAUCAAAUGAAAGUCCCUAGCAGGCGAAAAAAUGGCCGCUAAGGCAGUUCAAAAGAACAAGGACACACACUGCUGUGCUGCGUCGACGUGAUGUUCUACCGUUGACGACGUUCAAAAUGGAUUUUACUUUACAGUGAUAAGAAGCGUUUGACCUGUUCGUUGCAAUUUUUGAGGCCGGUGCAGUGAUAUCACAUACUCAUCCAUCGAUUCGGGUACACAUACCAGUAAUACAUCUCGACGAUGCAUAGUGCGUUAUUGCAAUUAUUGGGUGCCACAAACUGCUAGUCUCUGGUAUUCUCAGACACGCCGACCCCCAAUCGUCC